UAGAUGAUCCAAAGCAUUUAGAUAACUUUGACAGCCGGCUUUGGAAGAAAAAUGAGGACUAAUCUCUUCUUAUUUUGUGUUUUAGCACCAGUUUAUACCAUCUUAAUCGGUCACAUAAAUGGCGAUUCUGUAUUUGGUUGUGGGGGAUUUGUCAAAUCUGACGUCGAUAUCAACUUUUCUUUAGUUGAAGUGAAGCUGUAUACCAUGCAUGGUAGUGUAAAGUAUCAGACAGACUGUGCUCCUAACACUGGGUACUAUCUCAUUCCAUUGUAUGACAAAGCUGACUUUAAACUGAAAGUAGAACCACCUAAAGGAUGGAGCUUUGAACCUGAGAGUGUUGAAUUGAAGAUAGAUGGCACCACUGACCCAUGCAGUCGUCAGGAAGACAUAAAUUUUAAGUUUACAGGGUUCUCUGUCAAUGGAAAGGUCAUAAGUAAAGGUCAAGUGAAUGGACCUUCUGGUGUGACAGUUACACUGCACAAGUCAGGGUCAACAGAAAUUUUACAAACUGUUACAACAGCUGAAGAUGGCAGCUACAUUUUCAGUAAAGUCAUGCCAGGCGAUUAUGAUAUAAAAGCAACAGCGUCUCCAAAAUAUAAAUUCAUACAGCAACAAGCCAAGGCUACAGUGACGGCUGAUAAUGGUGAUGUAGGAAGUUCUAUAGUGAUUGCUGGUUAUCAAGUGGUGGGAAAGGUACAAAGUGAAGGAGAGCCAAUCAAGGGAGUUAACUUUGUACUCUUUUCAAAAGUUGUAAACAAACAGGAUGUGUUGGACUGCGAAAAAUCAGUUCCAAAAGGAUUUGUCUCCCCUGACAAGCAGGAGUCUUUAUGUUAUGUUACAUCAAAGGAUGAUGGCACAUUUACCUUCCCCUCUCUGUCUGUAGGAGAGUAUAGCAUUGUAUCAUUUUUUAAAGGAGAACAUAUUAGAUUUGAUGUUGUACCUGCUAGUAUGGAGUUCAGGGUUCUUCAUAAUUCAGUCAAUUUACAGCAAACUUUCCAAGUAUCAGGAUUUUCUGUUAGUGGCAGAGUUAUCAAUUCUGUAAAGGGAUCUGGAGUUGGGAAUGCUGCAGUAUAUGUGAAUGGAAAAAAACAGUCUACGACAAAGUCUGAUGGAACUUAUCAUCUAGAGAAUAUGAAAACAGGAUCAUAUAUCAUCAAAGUGGAGGCUGACAACAUCCUGUUUGAUGAAACCAGUGUUAAAAUAUCUCCUAAUACUCCACAUCUACCAGAUAUUAUAGCUACUAAAUUCAGCCUUUGUGGUCAAAUAGUCAUUGAUAAGCUUCCUGAGGGUCUUAGACAAGUACCUCCACAAAGAAGAGUCAUCUAUUUCCCAGAAGGGAAAAAUUCUGAUGCUGUAUCCAUUGCAACAGAUAAAGAUGGAAAAUUCUGUACCCAUGCUGCAUCAGGCAAAUAUCUGAUUAAGGUACACCUGACUGAAGAAGAGGUUGCUGGAGGUCUCCAGAUUAUUCCCAGUGAGAAGUCUAUCAUCAUACCUAAUGCUCCUUUAUUAGAUGUCAUGUUUACACAGUUCAGAGCCAAAGUUACAGGAGCUGUGGCUUGUCUAGAGAAGUGUGGAUCUAUGGAGGUAUCCUUAGAGGCUGUAGGCCGAGAUGACUUUAAACAAACAGUUCAGGUGAAAGAAUCUGGGAAAGAAGGCAUAUUUUAUUUUGAGAAUGUAAUGCCAGGAAAAUACAAAGCCAUUUUGAUGCAUGACACCUGGUGUUGGAAGGAGAAGACCAUUGACAUAGAGGUCACAGAUAAAGACCUAACAGGGAUUAAGUUCAUACAGACUGGAUAUAUACUCAAAUGUAGUAUCUCACAUGAAAUUAAGUUGCAUUUUGCCCAUGAGAAGAAAGUUGGGACAGUUGGAUCAUUUAAUUUAAAUAAAGGAAAGAAUAGAUUCUGUUUAGCCCAGCCAGGUGUAUAUAAGUUGACUCCAGAUUCCUGUCACAAGUUUGAAAAGGAUAUAUACACUUAUGACACAUCUAGUCCAGAGUUGCUGACCUUGACAGCAGUAAAACAUCUGAUAGAGGGCAGUGUUACAACAGAAGAAGCUGUGCAGGAUCUAGCAGUAACACUUUUAUCACUAGUGGAUAAAACACCAAUAGUCCUUGGUCCACUGACUACAGAAAACAAAUCCCCACCAGCUGAUACCAAAGACAACAAAGCACCACAACCAACUGGACCAUUUGUUUACAAGUUCUCACAUUGGGCAAGAACUGGUGAAAAGCUGGAAGUUAGUGUUAGUUCCAAAGAACUGUUAUUCAGUCCUGCCAAAACAGAAGUGGCUGUUUUAGGAGAUACCUGUGCUGGUGAGGUAGCUAAGUUUAUUGGUAAGAGAGGUGUGUUUAUCAUUGGUCAUAUUAAACCUGCAAUAAUGGGAGUUAAUAUCACUGUGACAACUAAAGGAGUCCAGGCACCUUCUGUUUCUGUUGAUUCAGCUGCUAAUGGUGGAUUUAAGAUUGGACCGCUACACAAAGGAAAUGACUAUGAAGUUACUGCGGAGAAACAUGGUUAUGUGUUUGUAAAACAAGAUGGUGAGAUGGCUGUGUUCUCUGCUUAUAAACUGGGAGAAAUAUCGGUCAAGGUGGUAGACAAAGUAGGGACUGCUCUACCUGGAGUGGUGUUGUCCCUUAGUGGAGAUAAACAAUACAGGAGUAAUAAUAUUACACAAGAGAAUGGUACAAUUGUCUUCCCUGAACUGGGACCUGGGAAAUAUUUCUUGAGAUCCAUGAUGAAAGAAUACCAGUUUGAACCAGCUUCCCAGCUUAUAGAAGUAUUAGAAGGUACCACAAUGAAUAUCACUAUUAGUGGAAAGAGAGUAGCAUUUAGUUGUUAUGGCCAAGUUACCUCAUUGAAUGGAGAGGCUGAACAAGGAAUAAUUGUAGAAGCCAUGGGAGAAGGAGAAGGGUGCUCCUUGUUUCAGGAGGAGUCUAAAACAGACCAAGAAGGACUUUAUCGUAUAAGAGGUCUUCAGCCAAAAUGUACUUAUGUCAUCAGAUUGAAAACUGAAGUUAACAAACACAUUGAAAGAUCUGCACCAAAAUCCAGAAAUAUUAUGAUAGAGAAUUCUGAUUUCAUUGGAGUUAACAUCAUUGCUUUCCGUAAGAUGAACCAAAUGGACAUCAGUGGAAAUAUUGUCUGUCAUGACGAUUACCUGUCUACUCUAAAGAUACAUUUGUACAGAGAUGACAAUGUAGAUUCACCAAUACAUACAGUAAAUAUGGGUGUGACAUCAUUCUUCUUUCUCCCAUCUUUACCUAUAAAUAAUGAGAAAUAUCUGAUAAGAAUAGAGAGUUCAUUAUCUAGGUCAUCAUAUGACUAUACAUUACCAGAAACAGAGUUCCUAGCCAAUCAAUCUUAUAAACAUUUUACAGUAGAUUUUACACCACAGAGGAAAUCACUAGAACAAGAAUUAAAUCAAGGAUCGUUCCUUAUUCUACCUUUGACCUUACUGUUAGCCUAUGCUAUUUAUAAUUACCAAACGCUGUUACCUUUUAUGUUAAGAUCAGUUCAACAGAUACAGACAAUGUUAACAGUAAACCAGGCUGAUUUGGUCCACACUUCACAGAGUGGAGGGGGAGGGGGAGGUGAUUCAUCAUUGUACAGUGAACAGGCUCAAGCAGCUAAGAAGAAAGCUAAACCAAGAAAAACAUAAACUAUUAAAAAAAACUUGGGAUUGAUUUUAAAUUAUUUAUAAAUAACUUUAUUAGGCUUAAUCUCACUACUGUGGAUUCAUUAUUAUUGAUGGGAUGCCAAUCUUGAUUGAUUUCUUGGUUAUUCUGAAAGUUCAAUGAAGAUUUUUUUUCUAUAGGCUUGUAUACAAACCUUUGCAAUGAUAUCAUAUAUCCACGAAAACCCCAUUUCCCCCAAAUCCAUCUGAAUUAAAACCUAGAAAGGUAAAUGAAUCCACAGUGAUAUUCAUCAGAGAUUUUAUAAGUUUUUGAAUUUCAAUCAGUUAUUUUUUAUGAAAAAAAAUAAUAUUGGUUAUCUUUGUUUUAUAUUUGUUGUUUUUAUUGUUUUUAAAAAGGGAUAAGCAUAAGAUAUUUGAAAUAUUUGGUUAUUAAAAAGAUGGAAUAAAUAUAAACAUAAGAUAUUUGAAAGCUUUGAAAUCUUUGGUAUUGAACAAAAAUCUAAACAUUAAAUAUAGUUGUUAAUUUGUAUUGAACUAAAAGUUCAGCCAUUCUUUCAUCAUAAAAUGGUUUUAUUUCUUAGAAAUUAUUGAUUGGUUUUCACAAUUUUUAUGUAUAUCUUAAAUA